CUUCCUGCUCCCAGUCGGGUGUCAAUUAGCUUUACUCAUCAGACGGGUUCACGCAUUGUCUACAUUUCCUAUUCAAGGAGGAAAACACGUCGGUCCCUUUGCUGUUCAGGUGCACUUGUCUUGCAUCUUUUUCGGUAUAAUGGGUUCCUUCGCCUCUAGAUCCUGUGCCGAAAUUAAUAUAAGUAUACCAGAAGCCAAGGAGGGGGAGAAUUUUUCCCGCGUGGUCUCUCACUCCGCACAAAAUGGAGGUAAAGGAUCAAGUCAGCGAAAGUUCUUCAAGCAGUACGGACCUUUCCUGAGAAUGCCGAAUAUUGGCGAUAUCUUUCCGAACUUCAGAGCCAUGACAACAGAAGGGGAGAUCGACUUUUAUGAUUGGCUGGGAAACUCAUGGGGGAUCUUGUUUUCUCAUCCUGGUGACUUCACUCCGGUCUGUACGUCCGAGCUGGGAAAGGCCGCCCAACUGGCACCUGAGUUCCAGAAGAGGGGCAUCAAGAUUAUCGGACUCUCAUGCAGCAGUACACGCGAGCACGAGGCCUGGAUUCCGGAUAUACUGGCGUACACCGGCCUGAAGGGGCCGAUGCCGUUCCCGAUCAUCUCCGACGAAAAGCGAGAGCUGGCUGUCGGACUGGGGAUGUUGGAUCCCGAGUUUAAGGACGACAAAGGGAUGCCCAUGACCUGUCGUGCGCUGUUUAUCAUCGGUCCCGACAAGAAGUUAAAAAUGUCCAUCUUAUAUCCAGCUCUUAGCGGCAGAAACUUUUCGGAAAUUCUCAGAGUUGUAGAUUCUCUUCAGCUAACAGAUGUGAAGAAAGUGUCCACACCGGUUGACUGGAAGUACGGCGAAGACUGUAUGGUGGACGUGUCCGUGCCCCGGGUGUACGAGGAUCAUCUCUUCCCGAAGGGUGUGACGAUCAAGGCGCUACCCUCAGGAAAGGAUUACUUCAGAACCACUCCCAUGCCAUGAUAGGGAUUCCUCCCUGUGAUCUUACGUAUACCUACCUUGCAACAUGUAUAUGUAGGAGCCUUGCCGCUUGUCAGGGGAGGAAGCCCAAUCAUAGCCUGGGUUACUCUCCAAGCAGAGGUUAGGCUCCGGGUGUUGUUUUUUUGACAUUU